AUGUAAUUAAUAGCUGUGUUAAUUGCUGCAUACAACCCUGUUGAAAAGAAAGUUAUUAUACUAACUCGAUAUUAUGAAUUGAAUUCAGUAGGAAUAUUCUAUAGAAAUACUGUGAAGGAUUCCAUGAAGUUUGUGUGUAGAGAAUCAGUGAUUGGAUUAGACAAAGGAACCAGACAUUCAGUGAUGCAUGAGGAUAAAUAUUGCCACAUAUAGAUGGGUUACGGAAGCGAUAAAGUAGGAGCAUAUGCAUUUUGUGAUCAAGAUUAUCCAAAAAGAAUAGCAUUUGCAUUUUUAAAUGCUGUUUUACAAGCAUUUUAGAAGAAAGUAGGAGAUGAUUGGAAAAAGUACAAAGAAGAUGAAAGCAUAGAAGUUCCAGAAAUUAAGCAAUUAUUCUAAGAGUAUUAAGAUCCAAAGAAUGUUGAUAAAGUGCUACUUGCAUAAACCAAAGUGGAUGAAACCAAUAUCAUUUUACAUGAGAACAUAAAAAAACUAUUGGAAAGAUAGGGUGAUUUAGAUUAAUUAGUUGCUAAGAGUAAUGAUUUAUCCGCUGGUGCUAAAAUGUUCUAUAAAUAAUCUAAGGAUAUGAAUAAAAAGAGUUGUUGUGAAAUUUUUUGAAUUUUUCAUAUAUUGAAAAGAGAUAUAUAUAUUUAAAGA